AAGCAGCCGUCGGCUCAAUGAAGUGGCUGGCGCUGCUGGCGCUGAGCCAGGUGCUGGCGCACAGCAGCGCCCUUCCAGCGGAGCUUGAGGAUGGAGGUGACCAGGAGGAGGACGCAGACAAUGAAGAAGACCUAGACGUCGAGGAGGCUCCGGUUCCGGCUGCGUCUCUGGCGCAGGUGAGCGCUUCCAAGGUGAGCGCGGGCCUCGCGAAGCAAAGCGCGGCGGUCGCCAACAGCGCCCAAGCUGCCCCGCCGAAGAUUCCUGACGUGCUGCCUUCUGGCUUCGACGCCAUCUCCUUCCUGGCAGAGAGCGAAAAUGCCGAGGAGGCCGCCUUAACAGCGGAGGCAGAUGCGGUGCAGGCACAGGCGCAGGAGGCGCGCUCCGGCGCCUGGCUGCGGCGAAACUUGGCGCGCCUGCGGAACCACUCGGCGGAGGACGCGGACCUGGCCUUGGCGGUGAAGGCGGCGCGCCAGAGCCUGGCGCAGAAGGCGCCCUUCGCGGCGAAGACGUGGGCCAAGGCCCGGCGGGCGCGGCAGGCGGCGCUGCAGGCGACCAAGGCAGUGCCCUUUCUGGGGCAGUCCGGCAGCUUGCGGAGCUUCGGGCCGGAAAGAUGUGUCACCACCUGGCGCGGUAGCUCGGGCUCCUGCUUCCUCCGCAGCGACUGUGACGGGGUGCCCGACUUCGAUUUCUUCGACAUCGGCUUCUUGUGCGAGGGUUCCGACAAGGUGGAGGAGCACCGAUUCGGCGCGGGAGUGUGGGGCCGUAGGGAAGUGCAGGACACUGCUGUGCAGUGCGGGCGCUGCCUUCCGCUUGAGAAGGCCACAGCUGCAGCCCUGAGCAAGGAGGUCCGAUCGCUGAAGAGCUCCCUGUCCACGGUGACUGAGCGCUUUUCGGCGCUGCAGGCUGAGGCAAAUCGCCUGCGCAGGUAGCUAAGCCCCGAAACCAGACUGGGUCCCCCAGUAGUGCCCUU